UCAGAUUACUGGCUUGAAACUAGCUCCUCUAUAUGAGCUGAUUGUUCAGUCUACCCUUAAGGAAAAAUGCAGUGAAGAUUUGUUUACACACAAAUCCCGUUUCUUUGUGUCUCUUCCAGAUUGCCCAAAGCACUGUUACUUCAUAAACACGGGCUCAGCAAAAUCAGAUUUAGCAGGAGCCUUGGUCAGUAAAAUUCCAUUUACCCAUCCAAAGUGCGUGCCUGACGUAAUAGAAAUUCUUCGACAUCAAAUGGCAUACAACAGUCUUAUUAGCAGCUGUGUCUCUGAGAAGCAUAUAAAUGGAGAUGAUUCAGAACUGCUUUAUUUUGAAGUGGCACCACACAAGAACACCAGCUUUUCUGUCUUCUUCCUUCAUCCUAUGAAGGAGAACUUAGCCUGUGUGAUAAUUGAUGUUGUAACCUCCAGAGAAGUCCAAUGUAGCCUUCAUUUAAAUCCUCGAGAUCCAACUCUGAAUUCUAGUGAUGGCUUUAUAUCCAGAGCUGUGAAGCGAUGCAUGUCAGUCCCAGUUGUCAUGAGAGCUAUUUUCAGGAAUGCUGCCAAGGUGGAAGCCGACAGUGAAACACAAGACAUGCAAGUAGACACAAAACAAAAACCUGAACCAGCAUGUGAGCAAAUUACUGAUUUAAAUAGUCUUGAAGAAAGUCCUUCUAUGGCUGGUCAUCAAGAUCUGGUAGUAACAGAUAAGCAAAGUGUUCCGGACAGCCCAAAAGAAAAUCUCUCCACAGCCAAAUCGGAAACUUUGGGUGAUAACACAGAAAAAAGUAACCCCACAGUCAGCAUGGAAACUUCAUGCAGAGUGGAGGAAAGUACUUCCACAGCUAGUACAGAAGCUGUUAUGAAAGAUAUGUGAAACACAUAACCUAUUGUUUAAUAAUCAAACAAGAAAGAAAUGCUUUCUCAGGCGUAGAUUGCUUUUGCAGAAGUAGUUGGAGAGAACUUGGCAAGGUCAUUGUCUACCUAGCGAUUUCUGAAUGGAGUUUCCUGUUUAUACACUACUAACUACAGAGAAGUAAUAGUUUUGAAUUUACACUUUUAAACUUCCAAAUUUGGAAUGUUUAACACUUCUCUAGUAACCUUUAUUUUUGAUUGCAUCAUAUCUUACUGUUGUAUAGAAGAAAUUUCAGUUUGAUUUAUAUGAUGCAGGCUAUAACAUAACAUAUGUCCUGUAGAAAAUGUUUAUCAAUGUCAGCAUUAUGUUAAAUAAAUAGAGAAAAAUAUAUACAAUUCUGUACAUAUGUAAUACAUGCAAACAGCCUUAUUCAAUUCCACUAUUUCAGUGACAAGUUCAACGUGAGACUCUUAAUUGCACAGUUCCAUCUUCUCCUAAUGCAGAAGUGGUAUGGAAUAGCAACCAAACUUACAGCUUAACUCCAGGGCAGGACAAUAGUCUUUAAUAAGAAAGUUAUAAACUCAUUCUCUGAAAAAAAAUCACGUAAUUUGUGCCUUGGCUUUUUAUAGCUUCAAAGUAAAAAUAAAAUAAUCACAAAACAGUUUUAUAUUUUUUUUUAGUUAUAGUUAAGUCAGUUGUUCAAAGUUUAGGUUUGUCUCAGACACUGAAGAAAGUUAAAAGCAACAUAAAACAACUGAACUUCUGACUUAAUGUAAAUCAGUUUAAUUACUCUGAAACAGAGACAGCUAUUCACAAAGACAAGACUUCCUAACCAAAGGAAUUUGCAGCUAUAGUUUAGGCAAGCAACAGGAAAAGGAGUCUAAUACGGAAGGUUGGCACAGAAAUACAAAGUUGUCAGAUGCAUCUGUGGCUGACCAUGCUUCUAAGAGAAGGUGAAUAAGCCUGUCUUCCUUUAAGAGUUUGGGGAAAACUGUGGGAACGAAGGGAAGAGAGUUGAAGGACUUGCAAAAUAAA